AUGAUGAAGUCGCAUCUCCGUACAUCUGUGUGGUGGCCGAAACUUGAUGCAGAUGUAGAAUCUUUUGUAUCAGCUUGCCGUGGAUGUACUCUGGUAUCAGCUCCGAAUGUUCCUGAGCCAUUGAUUCGCAAAGAGCUGCCUACUGGACCGUGGAAUUAUAUCGCUAUCGAGUACCUUGGACCGCUGCCGGAGGGACAACAUCUGCUCGUUAUAGUAGAUUGUUACAGUCGAUACUUGGAAGUAUGUGGAAUGAUGUGUAUUGACACAAAGACUACGAUCGACAGUCUGAGGAAGGUAUUCAGUCGGUACGGCAUUCCUACAUUGAUUAAGGCUGAUAACGGGCCUCAAUUUGCCAGUAAGGAGUUUAACUUCUUCGAAGUGUCAACGAUCUGA